ACCACCGGGUCCUCAUUACGCUAACCUUUGCCUUCCAUAACUUUACGGCACCUGAAUGCUUCUUGUCAUGGCAUCAAUCGUACAGGUGACUACUGGCCGUAUUCCGCAUUAUGAUGCGGCGACUCUGAUCAUUCCGGGAAUCACACCGUGAGUAUCGCACUGGUAGCGUACUGCCACGGGGCUACUAGUACUAUCUGUAGUUGGAUAUUAAGCGCCAAAAGCUACUGCGAUUCCCUGCACAUGGUAGUGAUGAGACGACUUUUCUUUGCUCUUAAAGUAAUACUCGCCACAGUCGUAGGCAUUGGCCUUGCCAAUCUUAUUGCACGAAGGCCUCGAUUGUCCGACAGCAGUCUUUUCAAAGGAAUUGCUCUCAGCCAUGAUCUAUCCCUUCAAAUAGAUUUCGGAGAACCAGUAUGGAUGCGAAUAGACCAAACAGCACACUACCGCGUCGAUACGGAUGAGGGCGGAGAAGAGUUUGCGAAACUCGUUCCACGGGGAGGACACACCGUUCCCAUCAAAGAUGCAGAGACGGGUGAAAGUCGCGUUUACACGGUGACGCUCUUUCACCAGCUCAAGUGCCUGGGAAUUAUCCGUGACAACUAUGCGGAAAUGCGCCCCCCGUCGUCGGUUACUCGUCACUGCAUGAAUUAUCUUCGCCAAUCAAUUUUGUGCCACCCCAAUAUCAAAAUCGAGCCGGUCGUAAAUAAUUUGGGGACCGCCGUCAGGGGAUACGAGACCGUUUGUCGUGACUGGACAAAAGUUUAUGAGGAGGUGGAUAAGCUAAAUGAAAUGACUUCGGAUGUGUAGGAGGUUUGAACGGAUACCUGUAUACAGAUAGGCCAAAAGAAAUGUAUCUGUACAAAUUGGACGAGAGUUUGCGUAUGUGGGCUCAUAAAAAGUUUGCCGAGGAUGACAUGUGCGUGAGAGAUCGUUGGAUGGUACAUCUGAAACGCCAGAGCGACGAAAAGUCAGGAAAUGAAUACUUUCAUUUGAUAGAGACGCCAAAUGAUAUGGCCAUAUCUUGAGAUGUAGUCCGAGUCGAGCGGAGCGGCUAGUACUAGCAAAUAGCUAGACGCUUGCGACCAUGCAGAUGAAUCUGUCAUAUUUAUCGAGGUUAGAAUGCACGCUCUCGUGAAGACUC